AUGAAACAUACAGGUACAGCGACAUGUUUUCUUAAUUAUCUAUCCAGUUGCAGUAUUCAUACGGAAGACAGUGGAAAAGAAGUGCGAAAAGAAUCAACACGAUGCAGCAGAGGAAACAAGCGACAGCUGAAUGUAAACUGUUGUACUACUAGCAAAAAGCAUACUGCAUUCCGUCGGUGCCGUCCAGGUGAUGGAUUUUCUAGACCUGAAUCAUCUUCUAAACUCAAGCCGUACAAUGCAUUCACACCGUUAGGCGAAUUAAGACAAAUCUCCAUUAUUGUUCCGGGGCCUAAUACUUUGUGCAACUCGUUCGAGGCAAACCAAAGCUUUCCGCGUAUUGGGCGAAAGAGCAUCAGAUACGGUGGAGGACAGCUCAAUAGAGCUUCGUUGGUAGAUCAAAUAAAUUCACCAGUACGGCUGAGCUGGCACUCAAUGGCAAACAUGGAUCGGGUUCGAGUGGACGGCUCUAAUGGCGUUAGAUUCACGGCCUUCCGUCCGAAGGGAAACUGCUAUCCGCACGGUGUGGCGUCACCGUACAACAAUUCUUACAUUGCAUCCACAUCGGAAUCGAUUGGCCGGCUUCCAAAAAGUGAUAUUAACCCGAACAAGGCCGUCUUUACCAUCGAUUCGAAGACGUCCCGCAUACUGAUUGUAAAUCGGAAUGCCUGCGAGCUGCUAGGAUACAAUUCUAAGGAACUGUGCGAGAUGGAGUUUACCAGUUUGCUAUUGAACAAAAAUAAGAUGCACGUGUCGGCGUUGGCAGAAGGUCAGCUGAACAGUGAGGAUGGUACGGUGAUAAUCUUAAGCGGAAAAGUGGUCGAGCUGUGCACCAAAUACGACAAGAAUGUAGCCGUUUCGCUGUGGGUUCGACAGAUCGACACCGAAGGACAGAGAUGUCUAGCUGUGGCCGAACCAGUCGAACGACGAAUAGCCCAAGUGGUGAUCGAUCAGAACGGGUACAUUGUGUCCGCCGACAACGAGGCCUUGAUGCUUUUCCAGCUGGAUUCGAUUGAUAAAUUUGGGGGAAUGGAUGUCACGCUGCUAAUACCGGCCAUCCAGUUGCCCGAUCCGGACUCGAGUCUUAUAGCGAAGCAUAUCAGAAAACAGAAGGCAACCGGAAAAACUCAGGACGGCGUUUCCUUUCCAUUGUGUUUGAUGAUUUCGCACCAUGAAACUGGCACCGACACCACGGACAGUGGGCUAUCCAACCCGAACGCUUUACUGUACAUGGUCACCAUCUGGGUAUACACCAACCUUUCCGGGUUGCUGGUUAUCGAUGAAAAUUCCGUAAUCGAAUCGUGCAACCAUCACUUUUCAAUGCUAAUGUUCGGCAUCCCGCAGAGUAAGACGAUCGGAGAGCACAUCACGAAACUGAUACCUAACUUUGGGCAGGAAAGCGAUUGUCUGACUAGAAGCCGGAACGCUACACUGUCCUCUCUCGACAACGACGAAUCGGAAACGGAAACGGAUCAUGUAGAAUUGGAGAAUAACAAGGGGGAAUUCCUACAAAGUGCUCUAAAUGAUAUAAAAACACCCCAUUGCGAUAACGCUAGUCCUGUGAUGGAGCCGCGCAAGGUAUGUCUGGAUUUUACAAACGUCUCAAACACCGGGAAACGAUCAUUCAACAGUAGUACGGUUGCUGUAACGAGCACACAACCCGGUGGAGCAACGGUAGACGGUCCGGAUGCCGAACAAGCAGUUGUUAUUGGUAGCGAAUGCGCUACCGACGAGCCUGGAAACCAAUACAGUAUUGUGGUAACCUCGGAAAAGAUAAUCUACAUAGAGGACAAUAGUGAAAAUAAUCGAAACUUUGCAAAUGUAUCAAACGCACAAAACUCCCAUGCCUUAAAGCCGUGCACUUCUUCAUUAACGCCGACGCCAGUAGCAGUAUCGGGAUCCAUAACACCAUCCACCAACAAUGCAUCUGUAUCGAAUAGUGCAUCAGCAUCUGGUGCGUUGGUAGAUGCGGAAGAGGUAGCAAACAAGUUUAAUAGUGUCUUAGCAUCGGAAGAGUAUGUUAAUUUAUCGGAAAGCGAUUUGCUCACGCCAGUCAACGACAAUUCCUUAUGUAUGAAUUUGUUAAAUUCGAAAAAUGUGUCAAUCAAUGUCACUAAAAGUCCUCUGUACACCUCGGAGGAUAUAAAUGUGGCCCUGAUGAAGGACAGCACACCGGCUAGUGCGCCCCCGGUUAUGGUCACCCCUCGAUUCAUCAAACCGUACGAACUUGCCAAAGGAGGAGCGUGUUCGCUUGUGACCUCCACACCGGAUCAGCACAAACGGCAUUCGGCCGGAGGUAUUAACGAUUUAAUCCGGCAGAUGGGUAUUUCUGCAAAGCGAAUGUCUUAUGUGGAUGGAAAAUACCGCGGGGAAGCGAUCCAUUAUGAUGGAAACGUGAUUGAUAUUAUUUACACCAUCUCCAGCCAGAUGCUUCCCUGCGGUCGUAAGGUGUACUGUAUUUGGAUAAGCCGAGAUCCCGAAUCGUCGUACAGUAAUCUGGAGGAGGCAAACGUCACGCUUACAUUUAACAGCAUUACCAGUACGAUCGAUAACUCACUGGGUCAACCAGGGAAGAGCACAAACGCGGCGGCCGCUACAGCUGCUGCAGGUCAAAGCCGACCGAAUUCUGUCUCGCUGGUGUCACAAUGUGAAGAAGAGCAAGUGUUCGGAGAGUACAACAAACACUACACAACGAUAAAGCAGAUCGGCAAAGGUGCUUACGGGUAUGUGAAGCUAAGCUACCGCAACACGGACCGACUGUUGGUGAUAUCGAAGUUUAUACUGAAAGAGAAACUGUGCUCCAAUUUCAUGAUCGCCACUGAGGAUAAGAAGGAGAUUCCGAUGGAGAUUUAUCUACUGACGCACGUUAAGCAUCCAAACAUCGUGACCGUGUUUGAUGUGUUUGAAAACGAGAAAUUCUUCCAGCUCGUCAUGGAGGUGCACGGCUCGGGAAUGGAUCUGUUCGAGUUUAUCGAUCGACGGCCAGCGCUGACGGAAAAGCUUGGCUGCUACAUUUUUCGCCAGAUAGCUAACGCGGUCGAUUAUCUGCACUCGCUGAACAUUUUGCACCGUGAUAUCAAGGACGAAAACAUUAUAAUAGAUCAGCAUUUCCACGUGAAGCUCAUCGACUUUGGGUCGGCCACGUUUAUGCAGGAAGGAAAACUGUUCUCCACUUUCUAUGGUACGACGGAAUACUGCAGUCCGGAGGUGUUGGCGGGCAAUAAGUAUGCUGGACCGGAGCUGGAAAUGUGGUCGCUAGGAGUGACGCUAUACGUGCUUAUGUUUUUCGAAAAUCCCUUCCUGGACAUCGAAGAAACGCUAAAGUUGGAGUUAAUAAUACCGCAGGAGAUCAGUCCCGAGUUGGAGUACGUUUUGCUUGCGCUGCUCGACAAAAAUCCCAAAACGCGAAUAACGAUGAAACAAUUAAUCGGUACCGAGUGGUUGACUCAAGACAUCAAUCCAAGUGCGUUCAACUUUGCCCAGAUUGUGCCCUGCGAGCCUUAUGAGGUGAACCCGGAGAAAUACUACAACGGGCAGAUCUAUUCUAGUCAAACCGGGCUUUCCACGUCGCCUCAUAGUUUGUCGUUAGUGGACGAUGAAGAUGAAGGUGAUGACGAGGAUGACGAGCCUCAUGCUCACAUUGAUGAUUCAUUUGUUGAUCCGGAAGAAUUGCAAGACGAUGACAUUUGUCCUCUGUCCCACGACGAUGAAAAACCACUAGAACAUUCUUACGAAAUAUACAGUGUACGAGAUACUCAUGCUGGUGCUAUGUUGGCCAAAGGAAUUAAUAAUCUGUCCCUGCAGGAAAGUAGCGAACCAACAUCUACAGAUUCUUCCACCUAUCACAACAACCCAAAGGAUUCCACCACAGUUGUCGACGUAAUUAGAGCAGAUGUAUUAGCGCGCCUUGAUAAAGAAAAACAGAUUAUUUCAAUCAUUGUUAAAUCAGAUCAGACACAAAUGCAGCAUCAUCCGCCCGGACAACACGAGCUAAGCGAGGGUGAUGAAGUGCCAACGUCCACGAAACGAACGAAAUGCAAUUUGGCGAUGGUGAGGCAAAACUUAAUGGAAACAAAGCAGCAACAACAGUACCAUCACGAUGAUGAUGGUGACAAGAGCAAUAGUGAUAGUAGUGCUCUGCAUCAGAUGAUACAAGACGAAACGGGGAUGGAUGAGAGCAAUCACACGAUUGAUACCGAUUAUGAGAAUGACACAUUCGAAGAGGAGGACAUCGAUGACCGUUAA